AUGUCGUUUAAAACAGCGAAAGCGCAAUGUUCGGAUUUCAGUCCUCAUUGUAGUCGCGCUAAAACCGACAAAGAAAACAACAUUUCAAUUCCCGUCCUGAGUUUGGUUCAGUUUUCAAGAGCUCCUUUCGUGUCUUUUGGGACGAUCAAGUUAGGAUCAUCAAAAUCUCUGCCCUUACGAAUCGAAAAUCCCACCGAGGAUGCAACAACGACAGUCAGAGUGGAUAAAAUCUCAGCAUCCAAAGGUUUUUCAAUUGAUCAGACUUCUUUUACAAUACAGCCUGAGGACAGUGUGAUUUUAACUGUCACUUGGACACCAGUUGAAGAAGGUGGGGUUCGAGAACUCCUCACCUUUGUUGCAAAUGGGAUUGUCAAACAUCAAGCAAUACUGCUUGGAAAAGCAGAUGUGACAAAAAAGAAAAAGAAAACCCUGUGGGAUUCUAUUAAAUCCAAGAGGGGGUUCCCUGCACCCUCAAAAGAAAAAAGAGUGGAUUCGAUGUCAAUAAAGUCAGCAAACAAGACAUUUCACGUGUCUCGCCAGUCGCAAUACAGUAAGGAUAGAACAUCAAAUCCAUUGUCCCCAUUAAACCGGGAAAUGCCUGCCAAAGGCGGCAGUGUUGUCGUUGUGAACACGCCAUUGUCCACUCCGUACAUUUCAAAGCCGCUCUUUGUAACAGAGGCUUUUGAUGAUCUGCAUUUACAAAAGAACUCUCCUGUUGUCGUUUUAGUACCAGCUGACAAAUUGUUUGAUACACCUGAUAAAAAGGAUGCUCCUUGUUCACGUAAAGCAGAGUGCAAAGAGAUCGCAAGGGUUUUGAAUAAAACGCUUUCUCCUAUUAGCACCCCAGAGAGGUUUAGAAAUCCAUUGGCAUUGCGCUUUCAGAGUCCACUUCCUGUGACUGGAAAAUUUGCACAGGAUGAACGGCAAGAACCAGAGAAACCAUUACUGUCUAUUAAAGAUGCUCUCGAUGUUAUAGGAUCAAAUCUUUCGCAUGCAGUGAGCCCUCCAAAUGCAUGCUCAAGCUUUGACUUUUCUGAUUCUCUUGAGUUUGAAAAGCUGGAUCCAGAAUCUGUUCGUGAAACAUCAUUUAGAGCAACAGUGGACAUUUCCCCACCAGUUAAAGCUCCUCACCCGAGGUUAACUUACUGUGUGAAACCCAACAAAGCCAUAGGAACAGAAUCAAAUCAUGACCAAUUUUGGCUCAAGGCGUUACCUUUAAACACCUCUACAGUGACCAAGUUGAAUAAAGGGGAUUAUGCCAUUGAGCCUGAAGAUUUGAGGCUCAAGAAGGUUCCAAUUAAUUCUACCACAGUGACCAAAGGCAAGGCAGAAGUCUCUGAGAGUCCAGACUUGCGUAAAAAGAAGACCUCCAGGCGCAGACUCCUAGAGAAGACUGUGGAGCUCUCGGAACCUAGUUAUGCAGAAUCCAACACAAGCUCUCCGGAGAGCAUCUCCGCUCUACCCAUCAUUUGCUCUGAUUCGAGUUCAGAUGUGGCCACUGAAUCCAAAACUCCUGUAACUUUAAUGCAGGUUACAACAGAGAAGCCGACCUUGUAUUUAUCUCCAUGUUCUGAACACAUUUUGUCAUCCAUUUCACCCAUACGUUCUCAGCCUGAAGUUCUGCCUUCCUUUAGUCAGACUCAAACUUCAAGUCUGGAUUUGGCAAAUGAUAAAGUCUCUGACAAAGUGCCUUCAAGUCUUUGUUUGGAUCAAUGUCCUGUGCAUUUCAAGACAUUAGUGCAGAGUAAAAAAAGAAAAAGUGAUGAAUUUUUGAUAGAUCAUUCCGAAGACACAUCAACUUUCCAAGCAAAAAAGUGCCACACCCAGGCACGUGGGACAGAGCCUAAGAAGGCGAGCCGAAAGAAAACGUUUACUUCAAAGUCUACGUCUGGACAGCAACAUCGAAAACCUAUAGCUCCACCAAGCUCAAGAAAGUUCACAAAACCUCCACCUAAGACAUCAUGUCCAAAUACCAUUCCAAAUGACGGUCCAUCUGUGAAGUCACUCAGCACCUCAACCCGAAAGCCUGCAAAGAUAGUGGCUGUGGCGCAGGCCAAACUGACCUUUAUGAAACCAACCCAGACAGCCAUACCAAGGCAUCCAAUGCCAUUUGCUGCAAAGAACAUGUUUUAUGAUGAACGAUGGAUUGAGAAGCAGGAAACGGGCUUCACCUGGUGGAUGAAUUAUGUUCUCACUCCUGAUGACUUCAAAGUUGCUACUGAAGUUACCAAAGUUAAUGCUUUGUCCUUAACUAUGGGAAAUGAAAAAUUCAACAUACCCAAGGCACCAACAAAGGAGGAGAUGUCUUUUAGAACAUACACAGCCCGUCAGAGACUAAACCGUCUACGGAGAGCAGCUUGCAAGCUUUUCACAUCAGACACCAUGGUGAAGGCCAUCCAGAGACUGGAACUUGAGGUCGAAGCCAAGAGGCUCCUUGUGCGGAAGGACCGGCAUCUCUGGAAGGACAUAGGUGAGCGUCAAAAAGUUCUCAAUUGGCUUGUAUCAUACAAUCCACUUUGGUUACGAAUAGGACUUGAGACAAUCUAUGGAGAGCUGAUAUCACUUGAAAGCAACAGUGAUGUUAUGGGACUGGCCAUGUUCAUUCUUGGACGUCUGCUGUGGAAUCCAGACUUGGCCGCAGAGUUCAGACACCCUAAAGUUCCCCAUUUGUACAGAGAUGGCCAUGAGGAGGCGCUUUCUCGCUUCACUCUAAAGAAACUUAUUCUGCUGGUCUGCUUUCUGGAUAAAGCCAAAGAGUCCAGACUGAUUGAGCAUGACCCUUGUUUGUUUUGCAUGGAUGCUGAAUUUAAGUCAAGUAAAGAUCUGCUCCUGGCUUUCUCGCGAGACUUCCUCAGUGGUGAAGGGAUUUUGUCACGUCACGUCAGCUACCUGGGCUUAGCGGUGUCCCAUGUUCAGACACCUCUGGAUGAGUUCAACUUUGCCGUGAAGAAUCUUGCUGUUGACUUGAGAUGUGGCAUUCGUUUGGUGCGUGUCAUGGAGCUCUUCACUCUGGACUGGACUUUGUCUAGAAAGCUCCGGAUACCUGCUAUUAGCCGCCUACAGAAGGUGCACAAUGUUGACGUCGCUCUGCAGGUGCUGAAAAGCAAAGGUGUAGACCUUAAAGACGAACAUGGAACGACCAUUGACUCCAGAGACAUUGUGGAUGGACACAGGGAUAAGACCCUGAACCUUCUGUGGAAAAUCAUCUUCACCUUCCAGGUGGAAAUGCUUCUUGAUGAGAAUAAGCUCAAAGAGGAAAUCAGUUUCCUUCGGAAAACCUGGAGGACAAAACAGAAGUUGGCCUCACUAAUGGCUAACAAAGGUGUUGUAGUGAAGAGAAUGAAGGCCAGACAAGCAUUUGAACAUUCCAGCCAGAAAGUAACGCUGCUGCUGGACUGGGUCAAUGCUGUUUGUGAGUUCUACGAUUUAAAGGCUGAAAACUUUACAGUGUCAUUCUCAGAUGGUCGUAUUCUUUGCUAUCUCAUUCAUCAUUACCACCCCGGUCACCUCCCUGCUGUGGAAAUUCAACAGAGAACGACACAGACCAUUGAAUGUGGUCAUCGUGGCAGAGUGGAGCUUAAUUUCUCCUCUAGCGACUCCGACAGCUCCUUUGAUACCUUGCACACGAUGCAAUCUGAAUCCCUGUCAGUGGACUUCAGAGAGCUUCUUGAGAAUGAAAGAAAUAACUUUCAUUUAGUGAACAGUGCUGUGUCUUAUCUUGGAGGAGUUCCUGCCAUGAUAAAUCCAGAGGAUAUGUCCAACACAAUCCCAAAUGAAAAGGUGGUCACAUGUUACCUCUCCUUCCUUUGUGCUCGUCUCCUGGAUCUCCGCAAUGAAACUAGAGCAGCCCGUGUGAUCCAGGGCGCAUGGAGGCGAUACAAGCUACAGAAAGACAUUGAACUUAUUCAUCAAAAGAACCUGGCUGCCAGUAAAAUCCAGGCCCUUGUGCGGAAGUUCAUUGUGAGAAAAAGGCUGAUCCGACAGAAAAAGGCAGCUGUCAUGAUCCAGGUCUUCUGGAGAGGAUAUGCUGCACGAGAGAAGUUGAGAGUGCUGAAACAAGAGAGACAUUUUGCUAUUCAAAAUGCAGCUGCAACUGUAAUUCAGAAAAAAUACAAAGCUUGGAAUAUUCAAACUCUCCUGAAGAAAAAUCAUGCUGCUUCUCUGAUCCAAGUGGCAUUCCGGAAGUGGCAUAGAAAAAAACAAAUGGAAAGAAACACUGCGGCCUUGCGGAUUCAAUCAUGGUACCGAAUGCAUUGUGCUAAAAAACAUUACCUUGAGAUGAAAAGCAAAGCAAUCCGUAUUCAAGCAUGGUUUAGAGGUCACCAUCAAAAACGCAAGUUUGAGACAUUAAAGAAAAUGCAUCAUGCUGCAGUAGUCAUUCAGAGUGCAUUCAGGGCGUACCUUGUGAGGCAACAGAUAUCUAAAAUGAAGCAAAGUACAGUCUUGAUUCAGAGGUGGUUUCAUGCCUGCAUGCUUAUGAAAUCAGAGCAAAAGAGGUAUCUGGAGCUUAAAUAUGCAGUUACCACUCUGCAAGCAGCUGUCCGUGGAUGGAAGGCCCGCAGAACAGUGGCUCAACGCCAGCGAGCUGCACUUCUGAUUCAAACUGCUUUCAAGAGGCUUUUGGCUCAAAGGCACUUUAUGUCUUUGAAAAGAUCGGCCAUCAUUCUACAACGAAGAUACAAAGCUAAAGUACUUGGAGUCAAGAUAAGACAGGAGUAUAUUGCUCUUAAACUUGCCUCAGUGACAAUCCAAGCAAUUUGGCGAGGACGAGCUGAGAGGAGGAAAAUCGAUCAGCUCCACACAUGCGCCCAGAUCAUUCAGUCACACUAUCGUAGAUAUGUGGCUCAGACAGAGUUUUUGGAAAUGAAACAGGCUGCCAUAGCCAUUCAAAGACAAUACAGAGCUCUUAAAAAAGGACAGAAAGUGUACGCAGAAUACACUGAAAUUAAAAGAGUGGCCAUUGUGCUUCAGAGUGCUUAUCGUGGCAAGAGAUUACGACAAGAACUGCAGAAGAAGAACAAAGCAGCCACUAUGAUUCAGUCAGCACUGAGAGCAUAUAGUUGCCGGCAGAGGUUCUUGGCUCAGAAAAGUGCUGCUAUUGCCAUUCAACGAAGCUAUCGGGCUUUUGCGGUUGGACAGUGUCAAAGAGACCAAUUCGUCCACUUGAGGCAGGCCACUGUAACGCUCCAGGCCAUAUACCGUGGCUCCAAAGUGAGACGAAAUCUAAGACGUGACCAUCAAGCUGCUACUAUCAUUCAAGCUCAGUUCCGAAUGCAUAAAGUACGCAUUGCCUUUCUUGCAGCAAAGUUUGCAGCUAUCGUUAUACAGCAACAAUACAGAGCAUACAGAAUUGGAAAAUGCAUACAAGCUACAUACUGGCAGAAGAAAAAUGCUGUUGUAGUAAUUCAGGCAGCAUUCAGGGGAAUGGAAGUUCGUAACCAUUUGCGAAAAUCACACCAAGCUGCAACAGUGAUUCAGACACAUUUCCGAGGGCAUUCCCAACUCAAAAAGUACAGAAGACAACAGUGGGCCACAUUGGUUUUACAACAGCGAUUCAGGGCAAUCAUGACUAAAAAUGCUGCCAUGAAACAAUAUGCAGCUAUAAAAACAUCUUCACUGUGUAUCCAGUCAGCUUUCCGGGGAAUGAUGGUUAGGAAGCAGAUUGCAGAAAAGUACAAAUCUGCAAUAAUUAUCCAGAAGACCUACAGAGUGUAUAAACAACGCCAUGAUUACCUUUCUCUCAGAAGUGCCACCAUCCGUAUUCAGGAACAGUACAGAGCAGUUUUAAGUGCAAGGCAACAACGUAAAAGGUAUUGCUGCUUGCGAGCAGCUGCCAUCACUUUGCAGUCUGUGUAUCGAGGAAAGAAGAUAAGAAAUGAGAUCAAUAAAAGACAUAAAGCGGCCACUGUGAUUCAGGCACAAUACCAAAUGUACAGAACUAGAGUGACAUUCCAAGCCAUGAGACUAGCUGCAAUGGUCAUACAGAGACAAUACAGGUGCCAUCUACUCCGAAGAGAGGCAAGGGAGAACUUUUUGCUGCUGCGGCAUAGCACAACAGUAAUUCAGGCUGUUUACAGAGGAAAUUGUACGCGACGUGAUAUUGCUAAAAUGCAUUUUGCUGCCACAGUCAUUCAAAGGAAGUACCUUGCCUACAAAGAAAGGAAGUACUUUUUGUCCAUCCGAGCCGCUGUUGAAUUCUGUCAACGGCACUAUCGAUCCAUUUUGGUAGCAAAACAAGAUCGGAGAGAUUAUGUUGCUAAACGGCAUGCUAUUGUUGCAAUCCAGGCAGCUUUCAAAGGAAUGAAGGUCCGCCAACAGGUCUGCAAAGAACGUGAAGCUGCAACAAUCAUUCAGUCCCAGGUGAGAAAGCACAUAUUCAAGGUACGCUUCAAGAGACUUUGUUGGGCAGUUAAAGCUGUUCAACUGCGUUUCAGAGCUAACAAAAUAAUGAAGCAAGAGAUGGCAGCAUUGAAAGAAAAGAAGAAUGCUGCUGUGGUUCUACAAGCUGCAUAUCGUGGCAUGAAGUCCCGACAGACUUUGAAGCAAUUGCAUCAAGGUGCCACCGUCAUCCAGACAACUUUUAGGGGUUGUAGUGCUCGUAAGCGUUAUUUAGCCCUGAAAAAUGCUGCCAUUGCUAUUCAGCAGAGAUAUCGUGCCAGAAAUGCUGCCAGAGAGCAAAGAAAGCACUUUCUGAAAAUGCGCCAUGGUGCACUUCUUAUGCAAGCAUGCUAUAGAGGUCAUAAUGUUAGGAGGACUUUACUACUUCAGCAUCAGGCAGCUGUCUUGAUUCAGUCUUAUUUUAGAAAACACAAAGAGAUGGUUAAGUUCCAGGCCAUGAGAUUGUCCGCUAUCAUUAUCCAGAGCCAUUACAGGUCAUACAUCCAGGCCAGAGCAGAUCAGGAGAACUAUCUACGGUUGAGAAGGUCUACCAUAGUCAUUCAAGCAGCAUUUAGAGGACUCUCUGCCAGGAAACGAUUAAAGGAAAUGCACAAAGCUUCCAUUAUCAUACAAGCUGCAUUCCGAAUGCACCAGCAAAAGUCAGCAUUCAAGAGACAGUCCUGGGCGGCCAGGGUACUCCAGCAGAGGUUCAGAGCUUUGAAACUCCGAGACGAGCAAGUGCAGAGAUACCAACAGGUGAGGACUGCCGCAAUAUGCCUACAGAAGUCUUUCAGAGGCAUGAAGGGAAGAGAAUGUGCCAGACAAACCAAAGCCGUAAGAACAAUCCAAUCCUACCUGAGGACGUCAGUCCAACGACAGCGUUUCCUGAAAGAAAAGGCUGCAGCAAUUGUGAUUCAGUCUGUGUACAGAGGUUACCGCACCAGAGUUGUGCAUGCUAAGAUGCAAGAAAGUGCAGUGCUUAUCCAGAAUUGGUACAGAUCGCUUAAACUCGUCCUGAAAGAACGGAAUGGAUUUGUAGCUCUUAGGCAAGCUACGCUCACCUUGCAAUCUGCCUUGCGUGGAAUGCUGUCGAGAAGGCUUGCAAAACGGAGGCGCGCUGCAAUCAAGAUUCAGUCUGUGUUGUGCAUGCAUGUACACCGCAAGCGCUACAUGACACUCCGCUCAAGUGUUGUGAAGUUGCAAGCACAUUACAGAAUGUUUGUGGCCCAAAGAAGAUACCACAGAUGGCAGGCUGCAGCUGUUACGCUACAGAAGCAUUACAGAGCUCAUAGGGCGAAAAUAGAGCAGAGAUGCUGUUACCUGAAGAAAAUUCAAAGCAUAAAGAUCCUUCAGGCCAGAGUGCGUGGAAGCAUUGAGUACAGAAGAUUUCAAAGAUUGAGGACAAGUGCCAUCAUAAUUCAGGCACAUUAUCGAGGAAUGAUUGAGAGACGCAAGUUUCAGCAACUGAAGGAUUCUGUUUGCGUCAUACAGAAGCAUUAUAGAGCUUUCCGAAUCUGUCAGAGAGAGCGUACACAGUUCCUACAACUGCGAAGAUCUGCUGUUUUGAUACAAACAGCAUUUCGUGCUUAUCAAACAAGACAACAUGCUGUGCAAACACAAGCUGCCUGGAAAAUUCAGGCCUGGUUCAGAGGACGCCAAGCUAGGCAAAGGUACUUAGUAAAACGGGCUGCUAUUGCAACCAUUAGACGAUGUAUUCAAACAAGACGCCAACGUUCAAGAUUUCUAGCUAUUCAGCACAGUGUCCAGAUCAUUCAACAAAGAUGGAGGGAAAUUCUGAUUGCCAGGAAACAGCGAGCUGACUUCAUGAUGUAUAGAAAGUCUGUUAUAUGUAUCCAGGCAUUAUGGAGAGGUUCAAGGAUUAGAUAUUCCAUUCAAAAGCAAAUAAAAGCUGCUGUGAAGAUACAGUCAGCCUUCAGAGGUUUUACCCAAAGACUACACUACAAACAGCAGAGAGCCUCUGCUAUAGUUCUACAGCGGCAUUUCCGAGCCUUGCAGCUAGCCAGAGUUGAGAAAGAGAAUCAAAGACGACGAUGGAAUGCUGCUGUUCAUCUGCAGUCUGUAUGUCGUGGUUGGCUCACAAGACAAUGGAUAAAAGAAAUGGCUUGUGCUGCAAGACGCCAUCAUUUCACUGCUGCUGUUUACCAUCAUCUCUGCGCAAUAAAGAUUCAGAGAGCCGUUCGUGCACACUGGGCUCUUAAAUCAGCCAAGAGGCAGAUCUCUUUGGUCCUUUACAUCCAGCAAUGUUUUAGGGCAAAGCUGCAGAGACAGAGAUAUCUUAAAGACAGACAGGAUAUCAUCACAGUCCAGAGAAAAGUGAGAACUUGGUUACAUCAUCGCAACCAAGCUGCCACUACUAUCCAACAUGCAGUCAAGAGGUUUCUUCUGAGAUGUCGCAUGAAGAGGCUGCAGCAAGGAAUAAUAAAGGCGCAGGCACUCUGGCGGGGACACUGUUCAAGAAAGCUUAAUGACUCAAGCAAAGUCGUCUCUAUCAGGCAACGUUUCAGGGAAGUAAAUCGGAUGGUUAAGGAAGAAGACAAGCUGUGUAACAAGACCACAACUGCACUGAGUUACCUGCUUGGAUACCAAAAUUAUGCGUACAUUCUUGCAGCCUUAAAACAUUUAGAAACCGCCACCAGACUUUCACCAGAAUGCUGUGAACGACUUGUUGAAAGUGGAGCCAUGCUCACGAUCUUCACUUUGAUAAGGAGCUGCAACCGAAGUGUGCCUUCAAUGGAGAUAAUCACCUUAUCCAUCCAAGUCCUUCUUAACUUGUCAAAAUACAACAGAACCAUUGAUGCCGUCUAUGAUGUGAACGGCUCUGUAGAAACUCUACUGGAUCUCCUGCAGAUCUACAGGGAGAAGGCUGGCGAUAAAGUUGCAGAUAAAGGGGGCAGCAUCUUUACCAAGGCUUGUUUUCUCUUGGUUCUCUUGGUCCAGGAUGAAAGGAGAGCAAUGGAUGUGCGAAAGCAGCCCAAGACUUCAGAUCGCAUUCGCAGCAUCUAUCGGCUCACACUUCGAAAAUGCAAGAUGGACGCAGAGAGGUCCAGGGUCAAGCAGAAAAUGAACGCCUCUCUCAAUGGAAGUUUCCUUCAAGCCACCCCUCGCAAAUCAAAACCAAUGGCCAGAUUUGCUCCAGAUUGGGUUCUGCGGCGUGACAAAAUGAAGGACAUUGUGGACCCUCUUCGUGCUAUUCAGAUGCUUGCUAAUGCGCUUUCUCUGGUGCCUUAAAUGUUUGCAGCAAAUAAAAUAGUGUCGGAUUUUAGCUCCAAUUUUGUGCAGCCAGUUUGCCUUGUACAUAUGUAACAUUUUUAUAAUGUAUAAAAUGUUAUCUCCUUGUUUUUUGUUGGGAAGUGUUUUAUUGGUGCAUUUUAUAUAUUCUUUAAGAUGGCGCAAUGUUACCUUUGCUACUGUAAAUACAAAUAGUGCAGUUUGGAAUUUCAUGUAUUUUAAUGUGCUCAUACUGAACAUUAAAAAUAAUG